AUGGUUCUUUUAUCAUUCCAGACACUUGCGUUAUUCAGCGCAUUUCUCGCAGUCGUCGGUCUGGGCUAUGUCUUUCUUUUCUUUGGAAGAAGGGGCCAGAACUAUCCAGAUGGACCCCCAACACUUCCAGUGAUUGGAAACAUACAUCAAAUUCCACGGAAGGGCAGCCAUUUUGUGUUCACCGAAAUGGGCAAAAAGUACGGCGGCAUGUUCUCACUGAAAAUCGGAACCGGCACUGUCAUUAUCCUAAAUGACCGGCGAAUUAUAAAGGAACUUCUCGACAAGAAAAGUUCAACAACAAGUAAUCGACCAGCCUCCUACGUGGCACAUACUAUCACUGGUGGGGAUCAUCUUCUUGUGAUGGACUCUACCCCUACCUGGAGAUUAUUUCGAAAGUUACUCCAUCAGCAUUUUAUGGAAUCCGUGUGUGACAAGGAACAUAUCAAUCUCCAGAAUGCAGAAGCCGCACAGAUGCUACGUGACUUCGUUCUCUAUCCAAAGGAGCACAUGCUUCACCCCAAACGGUUUAGUAACAGCGUGAUUAUGAGCAUACUUUUUGGAAUACGAACCCCUUCAAACGACACACCUCAUAUGACAAAAUUGUACGCUUUAAUGGAUAACUGGUCAGAAGUAAUGGAGAUUGGGGCAACACCGCCUGUGGACAUGUUUCCAUUCUUGAAGCUCAUUCCUGAGCGCUUUCUCGGAAACUGGAAAUCUCGGGUUACGAAGGUCCAGGAUCAGAUGAAUUCCCUAUAUAGGGAGACAUUGGAGCAUGUCAUGGACCGCCGGAAAUCAGUUGGCAGUCGUGGCUCUUUCAUGGAUAGAGUCUUGGACAAAAAUGACAAAUUGGGUCUGACACCGCAUCAACUGUAUUUCCUGGGAGGUGUUGCAAUGGAAGGAGGAUCCGAUACUUCGUCGGGGAUCAUUAUCAUCUGCAUUCAGGCUCUGACAAAAUAUCCAGAAGUACUGAAAAAGGCCCAACAGGAAAUUGAUUCUGUCGUUGAUGAAAGUCGAACUCCGGUGUGGUCAGACUUUGCGAAGCUACCAUAUAUCACCGCUGUCGUCAAAGAAGCUGUGCGAUGGCGAUCUGUUGGUGGACUCGGGUUUCCUCACACACUUACUCAAGAUGAGUGGAUCGACGGCAAGUUGUUACCAAAGGGAGCCAAUGUUUAUAUCAACAUUUGGGCUCUCCACCAUGACGAAGGAAAGUUCCCAAAUCAUGAUGUCUUUGAUCCCGACCAUUACCAGGGGUAUACUCGGUUGGCGCCAGAGUACGCAGUUUCAGGUGACUAUGACAACCGGGAUCAUUAUGGAUAUGGAACUGGACGUCGCCUGUGCCCCGGUGCUCACCUCGCCGAACGUAAUCUAUUUCUUGGAAUCGCCAAGCUCAUCUGGGCUUUCAAUUUCGAGAAAGAAGUAGACGAUAACGGGAACCCGAUAGAGGUUGACACAGACCCCGUAUCAGGAUAUAGUGAAGGAUUUCUGAUCGGCGCGAAGCCAUUCCCUUGCAAGAUUACGCCACGUUCCAACAAGAGGAGAGAAACAAUCAUGGAAGAAUUCCGGAGAGCUGAGAGGGAUGUAUUCUCAAAGUACAGCGGUUUACCAUAG